AUGCCUCCAAAAACGACACAUAUUGUUUUACUUUGUGCUAUUUUAACAAAUUUGAGUACAAUUAUAGCUCUCCUGCAGGUAAACGUUCAUUUGCUACUGUUUCUGGAUCAAAAAAGGAGGCAGAAUGAGCAAAUAGCUAUUUCCACAAUCCUUGAUGCAAAUCGUUCAACAGAAAGGCUUCAUGCAACCAGGCGAAAGCUUCCUGAGCGAAGAAAACACUGGAUAAACCCUGGAAGAACGUCUUUAUGGUGGGAAAACUUAAUAAACGGAGAAACACUUGAGGAAGAAUGGAAAAAAAACUUAAGAAUGACUAGAAUGGACUUUCUAGAUUUAGUAGAUCACUUGAGAAUGGACAUUGAACCUGAUCUGAAUGCAGUUAGGGAAGCUUUGUCACCUGAGAAAAAAGUUGCGAUGACACUUUAUUACCUUAAGGAUCAAGGGUCUUACCUGAUGACUUGCAAUGCCUUUGGGGUUGGCAAGUCAACAUUAUCAACUGUGGUAAAACAAGUUUGCAAAGCAAUAAACCAGAGAGUUGGCCCAAGGUAUUUGAAUUUACCCAAAAGUGAAAUGGAAAUGUCAAUUUUGAUUAAUAAUUUCCAUAAAAAGUUUGGGUUACCUCAGGUAUUCGGCUGUGUUGACGGAACCCACAUACCUAUUAAACAGCCAACAGAAAAUCCUCAUGAUUACUUUUGUUACAAAAUGAAAUACACCUUGAACUGUCAAGCUAUAUGUGAUCAUAAAGGACGUUUUCUAAAUGUGGAAAUUAAAUGGCCAGGAAGUGUUCAUGAUGCCAGAGUUUUUGCAAAUUCUGACAUCAACAAAAUGUUUCAAAAUAAGCAAAUUCCAAUGGUAUUGAAAGAACUUUUGCCUGGUGAUGAUAAAGUUCCUCCAGUUAUCUUGGGUGACCCUGCAUACCCACUUUUGCCCAAUGUAAUGAAGGAGCAUGCAUGUUGCACUGAAAAUGAACAUGUGAUCUUCAAUGAAAUGCUAAGAUCUGCUAGAAACCAAAUUGAGUGUGCAUUUGGUCGUCUGAAAGCUAGAUGGAGGAUUCUUACACGACCAAUGGACAUCAAGCUUGAUGACCUUCCAACUGUUAUUUAUGCCUGUUUUGUACUUCACAACUACUGUGAAAUGAGAAGUAAUAAUAACACUAUAAAUGAUGAUAUUGUUCAGAGCCAAAUUCAAAGGGAACAACUCAUGCAAAACUGUCACCAUCACUCUGUUAUUGAUCAACUUUAUAGUUACAACAGUGCUCAGGGAACCUACAUAAGGCAGAUUAUAACUACAUAUCUGAAAGAAUAUAUGGAAUAA